AUGGACGGUGCUCAAAUCUUCGUGGCCUAUACCUCGGGCGACGGAAGCAACGUCACCGUUUCGCCGCGCAUCGGAACUGGCUAUAUCAUGCCGCGUCACAACGCUGAUGCUCAAAUCACCAUGCUCGAAGGGACCGGCGUUAGUGACGGCAUGAUGAUUGCCAAUUUCAAAUGUACCAACUGCAACUCCUGGAGUGGAGGUACUAUGGAUUUCACGGAUAACCAAGCAAGCUGGAUCCAUGCGGCAUACACAGGCUCUAGUAUCAAUUCUGACGAUACAUCUGCAACGAUCAGACAGCACAACACAGCGCAUGCCGCAUUCAACUGGGACAUGACCUCAGCUAAAGGUGGCAGCAGCGUCAAUCCAUUCGUCGAUAGUAACACCACUCCUCCACCAUCGACCGGUGGCGGUCAGGGCAAUGGAAAUGGCAAUGGCAAUGGCAAUGGAGGAAACCAGAUAGAGCCGUCUAGUGGUCCAUUUUCUAUGACCAUGCUUAUUGCUCACGGUGUUUUAGCAUCGCUUGCAAUGGUCAUUUUCUUCCCGCUGGGCUCUAUAACUAUCCGUCUGUUUAGCUUCUCGGGAUUGAUCUGGGUGCAUGCUGGGAUUCAGAUGCUGGCACUCUUCCUGCUCACCGCUGCUGUUGGUCUGGGAAUCUACAUUGCGACAAAGCUCAACUACCUCUCCGAAUAUCAUCCCAUUAUCGGUCUCGUUGUCUUUGCUCUCAUGUGGGUCCAACCUAUUGGUGGAUUCUUGCACCAUCUCGGCUACAAGAAGCAUGGACGCCGCACUAUCGUCUCUCACGCUCAUAUCUGGCUUGGUCGUGCUCUCAUCACCCUCGGCAUGAUCAACGGUGGACUGGGUUUGAAGCUGGCUGACAACUCAAAGAGUGGUGAGAUUGCCUACGGUGUGAUCGCUGGAGUCGUCUUUGUCGCAUGGGUAGCUGUAUCACUAUUUGGUGAAUUCAAGAGGACUAGGGCCCCUCUGACACAAAAACAUAGAGCUGCUUUCUGUCAGAUUAUGGACAGCAUCUACCCAAACUCAGUUGAUGUACCGAUGUCUCGUGUCAAGUUCAACGUCAACACUGAAUAUGCCUACCUACAAAACUUCAAGAUACUACAGAACACCUUUACCAAGCACCAAGUCGAUCGCCCAGUCCCUGUCGAGUCCCUCAUAAAAUGUAAGAUGCAGGACAACCUCGAGUUCCUCCAGUGGAUCAAGCGCCACUGGGACCAGUUCUUCCCUGGCGGUGACUACGAUGCUAUCUCACGACGGAAGGCAUCUGGAGCUCCCCCAGCCGCUGCCGCACCACGUGCAGGCGGAGGUGCAGCCCGCCGUGCACCUACAGGCGGCGCCGCACCACGUACCCGAACACCACAAGCAGGCGCUGCUGCCGGAGGCGCUGCCAGCGCACAGCUUAGACAGGAGAACGACGUCCUUAAGGAGACAGUGACCGGCCUCGAGCGCGAGCGUGACUUCUACUUCAGCAAGCUGCGCGACAUUGAGCUGUUGAUCCAGCAAGCAAUGGAGGCGGAGCCCGAGCUCGAGAAAGAUGAGGGUGGCCUACUCAAGCAGAUCCAGACUAUCUUGUACUCGACCGAGGAGGGCUUUGAGAUCCCCGCUGAGACCGAGGGCGAAGUCGAGGAGGAGACUUUCUAA